GCUGCUCGGACAGGAGAUUGUACCACAUCCAGUAAACUCCGCUCGUUGGUGUUAAUGUUUACGGAGGAUUACAGCAAGCAGCGGAAUGGAGAGCAGCAGACAGUGAGCAGACUUGAGGAGGCAUAAUAACAAAGCCAAAAAUAAACCAUCAUGGAUUUCACUUUUUUAUUAUCAGCCGCUAUUUUCACACUUCUCGCCAUCGUGAUCGCUACAUCCUUAUUUAACGGCUCAUCGUCCUCUGGCGACGCGACAAACUCGCUGCGAUAUUUCGGACGAGGUUCAACCGGAGGAUUAGACCAAGAUGGGCCAAAGCUGAACGGUCAUAUACCCGACAAGAAGGAGAAGAAACCGGAGACGGGGGACGACUGGUGCGACAUCAGCGGGAGCUCACACGACCACUGGGAUGUAGUAAAAUCAGUGCUUUCAGAGGACACACAUUCCCACGCUCCCACUGAAGAGCAGUCAGCACCAGCUGACUGUUCAUCCUCCACCUCCAUGAGUUUAGAGGUAGACUCGUCAUCCGAGGCCUCAUCGGUGAAGAGCCGCAGGUCUUUCAUUGGGCUCUCUGAUAAGGAACUCCUAAAGUGUGCUUUCUCUCACCCCCAGACUGAAGGAGCCACAGAGAGCCCAGGCGUCAAUGCAGAUGAGGAGUCGUCAAAUGAAAAUGAUGCCUUGAAGUACAUUCCUGGAAAGGCUCGAUCCCACCACUUGCAGAUGAUGAUGUCCACAGAGGAGCUGGAGGAGGAACAAAGGGUGCAACGAGAGCAGCUGGCAGCCAUCUUCCAGCUGCUGAAGGACAACAAGGAGACAUUUGGGGAUGUGACAGAGGGAGACAUGGAGGAGCAGCUCAGACUUUACUCCAUCUGACGCUCCACAACCAUCUGACACAUGUCGUGUUUGCCAUCCUGCCUCUGAUGGCGCCCCUCAACCUGCGGGCGCUCCCAAAGGACUACUCCAGUACACCAAAUACUUAAAUAAACUCUUUCACAGUAUUCUACACUCUAUACUUCCACCAAAACAACAGUCAUCCUUGUGUCAAUACGCCACUAUAUGUUCUGUUUUAUUGUGUUGUUGCUGUUAAAGCCAACGGUUAAUCAUACCAACCACACCAAACAACUCAGGCUCUUUCAGAUAAAAGGGAGGAUUUUCUAGCUAAGAAGGAAUCAAAGACUACAGGAGGAUCUCAGACAAUUAGAGUAUCAUGGAAACUUUUUUUUUUUUGCUGAGUUAAUUCAAAAAGUUAAACUUUGGUUGAAUCUAGUCAUUGCAUAUACAAUGAAAUAUUUUUAACAUUUUAAUCCUGAUGCUUUUAGCAUACAAAAACAGCAUUUCAAAAUAUUAUAAACCCCAAUUUCAAAAAAAUUGGGACACUCUUUAAAAUGUGAAUAAAAAUAGAAUGCAGUGAUUUGCAAAUACUCUUCAACUUAUAUUCACUUAAGUACUGCACAAAGAUGAGAUUUGUACAAAUUCUAAUUGAUGCUUACAACAUGUUCCAAAAAAGUUGGGACAGAGGCAAAAUAGACUGAGUAGGUUGUUGAAUACUCAAAAAAAAAUCUACAAGUUUAAUUGGUGAGGUGAUAAUUCCAUGACUAUGUAAGGGGAAAAAGCCAGCAUCUGUGAUGGUGGGGGGUGUAUUGGUGCCCUUGACAUGGGUAAUUUGCAUAUCUGUGAAGGCAUCAAUGAUACUGAGAGGUACAUAAAGAUUUUAAUGCAAGGUAUCUAUCCAGACAACAUCACUCUCAUAGGCAUCCCUUAUUUCAGCAAGAGAAAUCCAAGCCACACUGCACGAGUUACAACAGCAUGGCUUCAUAGUAAAAGAGUUUGAGUGCUAGACUGACCUGCAUGUAGUGCAAACCUAUGGCACAAAAUACAACAAUGGAAACCCAGCACUGUUGGGUAACUUAAGAUGUACAUCGAGCAAGAAUAGGAAUCCUCUUUCAAUACUUCACCAACUAGUGUCUUCAGGCCCCAGUCUUUUACAGUGUUGUUAAGUUGCUCAACACAAUGGUGAAAAUGCUCAUGUCCCAACUUUUUUCGGAUGUGUUUCAGGAAUCAAAUUUAGAAAACAUUGAUAUUUCGAAAACAAACUAAAUAAAGCCGAUCAGUUUAAA